CUGCCAUAGAAACAAUCAUGUUUAUAUCCGCUAAGCGGAAUUCAUGCAUAUUUUAUGUUAUGGCUUAAUUUUAACGCUUAGGCUGUCCAUUUACACGCAAUAUCUGCAUAGGGAAUAACAUUCAAUAACAGGGAACAAAGAUGAGUGAUGUAGAAAGUGAAGAUGGAAGGGAAAAGGAGGAGGAGGAAGAAGAGCCACUUAAGUAUGCCCCCGCUAUCAGUGCUCUUCCUCCCAAGGUCAUACAGCAGGAGGAAAGCCAGGUAGAAGUGUCAGCUAGCCCUGCCUUCCAGUGUUUAGAGGAGCUCUUUCAAGAGGGCAAACUGACAGGGACAAAGGUGGCUCUUUUGAAAUCCAAAUACACAGAACUGCAUGACACUCUGAAAAAAACUAGAGAAAGUGAAACUAAUUUACUAAAAAAGGCAAAAGAGUUCACAGUGACACUUGAGAAACAGAGGAGUGAGCUAGAGAAGGGAGAUAACUUUCCUGCGGGGUCUAAUGCUAAUGAAGUUACGAAGCUUAGGGAGCAGUACCUUAAGUUCAGGAAUGAGACGGAGAAAGCGGAGGACAGGAAGUACCAAGUGGAAUAUAGAUUAGAAAUUCUCACAGAGGAGAAGAAAAUCAUGGAAAGAGAAUAUGCAAGGAUGCCAAAGCAAGGGGAGAUAGAGAAGAAGAUCAAAGAAUUACAGGCGGCCUGUGAGGAACUGAAAAAAGAAAUCAAUAAUCGUCAGCUGGAGUCAAAAACUCUGAAGGAAGAUGUAGAAAACACAAAACGGGAAAACGUCCUCGAAGCCAAAGAACUGGAGAAGGCUCAGGAUGAAAUGGAGAAACUUAAGGCUGACUUAGUUCAGGUGAACACACUGCCAAACCAACUAGCAAAGGAAGCAGACAAGCUAGUCCGACAGAAAAAUGAAAUUGAAAAUAAAGUUCGAGGGUUAGACUCCGAGUAUCAGGAGGCAUUAGACAUGGUUCAGAUGCUGGAGAAGAAACAUCGUGAGAUGGAUGAAGAGCGCUACGAGAUCACAAACGAGCUAAAGAAGCAGCAGGAUCUACUGACUCAGCGGGAACGGGAACUCGCGGAACUGAUGAAGGACUACGAGUAUGCCAAGGACAAGGAAGCAGUGCUUAAUGCUGACAGAGCUACAUUAGACAUGAACUUAAGACACAUACAGUUAGAGAAAAAGAACAACCAUGAUGUCUUGUCAAGGAAAAGUCGCGAGAAAGAGAGGGACCUGAGGGCUCUGAAGAAACUAGAAUUACAGAUGAAAGUAGCAGAGGAAAAUCUCGCUCACACCAAAACGAUCCAAGAAAAAGUUGUAUCACAAGUAAGCGGUAUGCCGAAAGAUGACGGAAGCUUGCAGAAGAAGAAAGACGAUUUGGCCAAGGAAGUUGAACAGACAAAGAGGGCUCUAGCCACACAGAACAACCUGACAGCAGUAGAACAUGUGAAGCUGGAGAAAAGUGCUGCAGAUGAACAGAAUCUAUUGUAUGAACAAAGUGAUCUGCGUAUAGAAGUCGUAGAGCUCACUCGACUGGCAGCCAUCAAAGCUGAUGAAAGGGAGCAGAAGGCUCGAGAUUUCAUGAGAGCAGAGAUGAGGUACCAUAAGGCUCGGGAGGAUAAAAAGACAAAAGAAUUGCAAAUCGUGGACCACAAGAAGAAGUAUCAGGAGAUGAUGAUCAAGUUGAAGGACUUUGCCAAGCUGUAUGAUGUCAUUAAGAACGAGAGAAACAAAUGUGUGAAUCUGAUCCAGACGAGUACACAGAAGGCGGCCGAGAUGAAGGAGAAAAUUAAAAUCUUACAGAACGAGAUCGAAAUCCUACGCACGGAAGUCAGCAAAAAAGACAAGGAACUUCAAAAGCGUCGGUUAAAACACAUGCACAGUAUAGUAAUGAGGGAUGGGCUUCGUAAUGAAGUCGCCAAACAGAAUUCUAUUUACUCCGAGAUGAAAUCAACCGUGGAGCAACAGAAGAUGGAUCUGUCCAAGCUUAACAUGAUGAUGAACCAGGGAGAGGAUGAGAGCAGUAAACUGAGGGAGAGGUACUCCGUGGAAGAGAAGAAGAGGAACGAUAGAGGUUUGAGGCUCAUUCAGAGAGAGGAGGAAGUCUGCAUAUUCUACGAAAAAGUUAAUAUUGAAGAACAAAUGAUAAGAAAUGGCAAUGUGGAGCUCCAGGCAAGAGAAGAGGAGAUACGAUUCAUCAAAAUGGCUCUGAACGAAGAGAAGAGGAAACAGGAGUUACUAUGGAAACAGCAGCCCAAUAAGAGAGCUCUGGAGGAGGAGCUAGUGACCCUACAGAUCCAGUUACAGCAGUGUCAGGACCGGAUGCUAGAACUGGAACAUCAUCUGGAGGAUCCGUAUGACGAGAGUCGUGUCCGAUAUCUGGAGGGAAAAGAUCUCCCUCCGGCUAAACUACAGGAUAAAAUAGAAGAUCUUGAGGCCAGGCUAGCUGAAAAGGAGGAACAAUUAUUAGAAAAAGAUUUAAUCUUUGAACAAGUAAAUCGACUGGCCGACAGAGUGAAAAACAAAGCCGAAGGUGGAAAGGAAGACACGUUAGAACUUGCCAAGAAGGUUAAUGAAUUACAAGCUAGAAUUAAAGAAACUACACGUAAAAUGAUGGCUUUAGUGUCUGAACUUUCAAUGAAUCAAGCCAACGCAUUAAAAUUACAACAACAACUGAAAGAGAAGGAGGCGGACUUAGAACAGUGCUAUAUUCGUAUGGAGAAAGGGGAGCCACCUAGUGACGAAGUGGAGGCAGAAUGGCUGAAGAUCCUCCGCGAUGAGGACAGGAGGGCAAGGGACAAGGAGGAAAUCAGACUGAUGGAGGAAGAAGAAGAACAAUACAAGAUAGCGGGUGGUGUCACCACCACCGCAGAACCACGCCCCAACGCUUAUAUCCCUGAUGAUGACAGCGAACUGCCAAUCCCAAGACCCUACGGCAAACAUGCCCCCUUCAAACCAGCAGAAUCUGGAUCCACCAUGCGACAUAUCAGAAAACCAGUGCCUAAGCCUAUUGAAAUCUAAACUGUCAAAAUUUUACGUGUCUUAUUUAUUGGUUCAUGUCAAAAGAUAUGUCAGUGUGACUGGCCAUAAGUGUUCAAUGGUAAUGCAUGGUGGUUUACAACUCAGAUAUUCUAUAGUCAUUACGGAAAUGUGUACAGGUAUUAAUGACUUCGAUUUUUGAAGAAACAGAUAUUUGAAAGGAUUUCCAAGAAUUUUGAGUUACCUACAAAGAGAAAUCAUGUCUAGGAAAGUCUAUUCUGUUAAGAAAUAGACAAAACUGUGCAUGUCUGUGCAUUGUAUUUUGUUAAUUGCUUUGAUGUUUUAUGUAUAAAACCAUUGAGAUACUGUGAUAUCUUCAUGAUCUAUAUUUUUUUCUCUA